CAAGUGCCCUGCCGGAGAAAACAAUCUGUCUCCGCCGCUCUACGCAAGAAUAUGUUUUUAUCCUGUGUUUCCCCCUUUAUGGCGUUCUGGGGCUCCUAGAAACAAGUUUUAUUGAUCUUCACUCCGAUUUCUCAACACAGAGUUCCGUGAUUCGACCCUCGACGGGGAUUCCAACGAAUAGAGCCAUGCUCAAUCCAGAGGGAAGUCCGACUGUGGAAGAUCGGGAAACGCUCUACAAACUGAUGAUCUCACAGCUGUACUAUGACGGCCAUCAAGAGCUUGCAGCAUCGCUAAUCGCUGCUGCUGGAAUUCGUCAAGCCUGUCCGCCGUCCGACAAACUUCUGCACGUCAUGCGAAGCGGACUACAGAGUGAGGCGGAUAGAAAAGGACUGCGGCUCCUGGCAGGUCAUGCAUCGGAAGACUUGUACACCCUGGGCCCGAGUCUGGACUUGGAGUUCGAGACCGAGUCAACGACUUUUUCGCCUGAUCCCGCGCAGUACGAGACGCUGUACGUCACAUCUCACAAAUCCGAAUGCAGGGCUGGGGCUUUUAAUGCAGAUGGAACGCUCUUAGCUACAGGUUCUGUCGAUUCAUCAAUCAAAAUACUCAGCGUGGAGCGCAUUCUCACGAUGAAUACGGCUGGACCGCGAGACUUCCAGCUUGAGACGAUACAGAAACGAAUGGAGACCCAUCCCGUAAUUAGAAUAUUGUACGACCAUGACUUCGAAGUGACGACUUUGGCGUUCCACCCCAGACAACAAAUUCUUGCAUCGGGCUCAAGGGAUUUCACGAUCAAAAUCUUCGACUUCACGAGGCCGUCGACUAGACGCGCCCUCAAAGCAAUUCGAGAGUCGGAGCCCGUAUCCUUCAUCUCGUUCCACCCGAACGGCGACUAUAUGCUCGUAGCCGCGAAUCAUCCCGUGGUGCGAUUGUACGACGUGAAUACGACGCAGUGUUUCGUGUCGUCGGUGCCGUCCAGUCAGCACACGGACGUCGUGAACAUGGUCAACUGGUCGAAGACGGGUCGAAUCUACGCGUCAUGCUCAACUGACGGCUCGAUCAAAAUCUGGGAUGGCGUCUCAAAUAAAUGCGUCGCUACGUACGCCGAAGCGCACGCAGGAGCGGAGGUAUGUUCCGUGUACUUCACUCGGAACGGGAAGUAUUUGCUCUCGUCCGGGAGAGAUUCCAGCGUGAAACUGUGGGAGCUUUCGGCUAGUCGCUGCCUCAUCAGCUAUACUGGAGCCGGCGCGACGGGGAAACAAGAGUUCUGCUCUCAGGCCGUGUUCAAUCACACCGAGGACUACGUUCUCUUCCCCGACGAGAAUACAGGAUCUCUGUGUUCAUGGAAUUCUCGCGAUGCACAGAGGCAAGACCUAGUGGAUCUAGGACAUAAGUUGAAGGUCAGGUAUAUCUGUCACUCGCCAACGAAACCGGCCUUCCUCACAUGCUCAGAUGAUCAUCGAGCACGCUUCUGGUUCCGAAGGAGUGUAAUCACAAAUAGAUAAUCAAGCUCUGU